AUUUCUCUCAACAAAGAGAUAAAAGAAAUUCAACUUCACUCUUCCCAAUUUCAAUUUACACCGUCCAUUGCUCAGCCUCACCGGUGGCUCUCACGGCGACACCUCCAAACAAACAUUGUAUUUACCCUUUCUCUGCCACUUUUCAUUUUAGCCCUAUGAUCACCGCCUUUAUAUCCUAAUUGCGAUCAUCAUAUCCAUGAAUUCAUUGAUUUUCUUUAAUAAUUACUUCUCUAAUGUUGACAAUCAUUCUUGAUUUGAUGAUUUCAGUUGUUAAAUUUGUGGGAUACAAUAAAUGGGGCUUUAUUCAACAACAUCUUCUACCGCGAUCUCUACUGAUGCUGUCAAAUUAUGUGUGUUUGACUUAACAAGAGGCCAACAAGAAGGUCAUGAAGUGGAAAAGAUUCUGUUUUUCUAUCCUUCGGAACUUCCAUUGACUGAACAGCUCUCUGUUAUUGGGCUUAGUGAAGGUUUAAUCACCUUCACAAGAAUUUUCUCCCCAGAUGCUGCUUGUGAAGUCAUUGAGGCAGAAAGACAUUCUCAUGUUUUCUAUCAGGCAGAGCCUGACAUUUGGAUGGUUAUGGUGGUAGAAAAGAAUAGGGAGUUGGAAGCUAUUUGGCGCAUUGAGGCACUAAGGGGUAUGCUUAAGGAAGUACACUCACUUUUUGUAAUGUUCUAUGGACCUAUUAGAGCAAUGCUUGACAACGAGUCUAGUGGAGCACUCGUCCGUUCACAUUUAUACUCCUUUAUUGCAGAUUAUCUGUUAGCAUGCCAAAAACCGUAUCCUUUGGAUUUCUGCUGCUGGGAUUUCUUUUCUGGGAAGAAACUUCAAUUACCGUCUUUUCGUAAUUCUCUACAAGAAAAAGGAACCGUGCAAAUGCUGACUGUAGGACGUGAGGCCGCAAUAGAAGUUCAGUCACUAGUACGAGUGCUUGAGUCAUGCACUGGAAGUGCUGGGUGCCACUCCCUUGUCUUGUUCAAUGAUCUAUUGGUGUCAACUUCCGUCUGCCCGGACGACACUGUCAACUUAUACACAUAUGCUGUUAUGAGGAUGUCUCCUCGUGCUCUAUCUACUAGUACAAGCUCAUGGUCGUAUAUGCGUAAAGGAGGGACUGGAGCUCAUCAAAUCGCAGGAUCCGUCCUUCCAACUUCCGCUGAACGAGUCCAAGGAUCACGAGAUACCUCCCCUGGUGAAGAUAGUAGAUAUCUAAUAGCAAGACCUUUGCAGCAGGGAAAAUGGUCUAAAGGGAAGGAUGGCUUCCUUGUGACUGAUGCAUGGGGUUCAGACAUGAACACUUUGCAUUCUUCAUUUCCCACUAUCUUGCUACAGCAAACAAAAGAAAGAAUGUAUCUUUCUGCACAUCAGCACAAGAACAUUACCAUUAUUCUUCUCAUUCCUGUCACCUCUAUUAAUAAUGCUGAAAGAGAGCUUCCAUUGGUGAAGCAGCAGUUUUUGGAAAAUGCAUCUUUAAAGAUUUUGAAAGUUGAAGAAAAACUUUCAAAAGGUUGGGGUGGUGAGAAUGCAUACCAUGUUAGUGGGUAUCGGUAUCUAUUGGUGGAUGGUGAUAGAAGCAUUUCUAGGGCUUCUCCAGCAGCAAAAGCUUCAACGUUGGCUAAGGAAUCUAUGGUUGCAAUGUGCAAGUUGAGGGAAGAAGUUGACCUUGAGAAGAGUAGGGCUAAGUGGGAUGAUGGAGACCUUGAAAAAGACCUAGAAGUGUGCAUCAGGGCAAAGAAUAAUGCAUGGGCCAUUGCUCGGGUUACUAGGGGAAAAGAGCUCUAUGUUGUAUUGGAGAAAGCCAAUGAGACGCUUCUUUAUGCAUCAGAUGCCAUUGAGAAGUUCAGCAACAGGUAUUGCAAUGGAGCUUUCUCAUAGAUUUAUAUCUUGAAAUUUCAUCUUAGAGGAUGCCCACAGCACAAUGCAGCAGAUUUUGUACAUUCUAUAUUGAAGUAGUAUGAUGAAUGUAAAUUUAAUUUUGAAAAUUUAUUGUAAAUUGUCCACGUUCGUUCUAAAUGGUGGGAAAUACUCUUAAUAGUCAUAAUGUUGGUUUAGUUCA